AUGGCAUCACAGCCAGAAGCAGCUUCUCACACUUACAACGGCUUUCUCGGGUCUAGCGAUCACUUACCAAAAGACUGCCUCUCUUACGGUCCACAUUCGCCUUGGGUAGCAAUUCUGAGCGCCAUCGUUCAGCAGGCCAGUAUGCUACCGCUGAGAGCUCGGACAUGUAAGGAGUCGACGUUGCAGAAUCGAAUCAUAGCACAUUCACACCACGCUCGGACAGGAGAUCUUUCUCUAGACCUUCCCAAGCCACCAAGGCCAAUCUUUUAUUCUGUACUUGCGAUCUUAGAUUUCAUUGAAUUUCCAUCCUGCCUUCGAUCAACAUUCACGAUGCGGGCCUUCGUGAAUUUGACGUUUGCCUCAAUGGCACUGGCUGCCGCAAUUCCUGAUCCAAAUCUUGGCAAUGAAAAGAGGAAGAAUGCUCUUUCUUGGGGUUUCCACAACAAGGGCGUCCAAGGAGGAGAGUCCGCUGGUGGUUAUGGCGAGGGAGUAUACAUCCAUUGGCUUGCAGAGACUGGCGACUAA